GGUCUGAGAAAAGUGAGAAGCAAAAAUACGAAUCAGUUCGUGAUAUUUUGGUUGAAUUUAUGCGUCAUACAACCGGACAUGGAUUUGCAAGGCUCGUUGCUGCAACGUCAAUUGCUUGGAGAAUGUUCUGGAUCGUUGCUGUUUUGGGCGCAACUGGAAUGUUUGUCUUCCAAGUAUCUGACCUGUUCAGACAUUAUCUAUCACGACCUGUACAGACGUCUGUAACUGUCACCUUUGAGAAGCAACUCAAAUUUCCUGCCGUCACAAUUUGUAAUUUGAACGUGAUAAGGAAAAGCAAAAUGACGAUGUUGCCAAUGCAUUUGAUAGACAAAUUUUUUACGGUCAACAUCACCAAGAGCCGUACUCCCUUCGACAUCUUCAUGGAAAACCUUUUUGGGGAUUUGAACGGAACUUUGGGCAGCGGAUUUAAUACAAGUGGUUAUUUCGACGGGGCUGUUAACAAUGUUACCGAAGAAACGGAUGAUGGCAUCAAUUCUACUUCAGAACCUGCACGAAGAAAAAACCCACCUUCUGAUAACGAGGAAGAUGGAGGCUCUGGUGGAGAUAACAGGACCCCCGAAGAUCGUGGCUCUAGCGAUGAAGAUGAAUUGGGACUCGAGGAAAUUUUUCCAGAUGUGUUCAAAGACUUCCUAGGUGUAGAAAAUUCAAGCCCGGAUAUGAUCCUAAAAAUGAACGUCGAAUCAUAUAUCGGAGGAGAGGAUCCAGACCGUUUAAUAUCGUAUGGCCAUCAACAAGAAAACUUGAUAAAAAGUUGUACGUGGAAAGGCGUUGACUGUGCAAAAGGAAAUCUCAGCAAGCUUUGGACUUCGAGUUGGAAUUAUAAAUACGGCAACUGUUAUACCUUCAACAAUGGCGUGGAUUAUGAAGACAGCCCAAUUGAGGUUUUACAAUCAUCUAAACCAGGACCGUCCCAAGGUUUAGUUCUUCAACUCGACAUUGAAGAGAAUGAGUACAUUGGUGAACUCUCAAACGAGGCAGGUGUGCGGGUUGUGUUGCAUGAACAAGGAGUUAUGCAUUUUCCUUAUGAAGAAGGAUUUAGUGUCGCCCCAGGUAUGGCGACCUCGGUUGGAAUAACGAAAACAAUGAUGAAGAGAUUGGACAGGUUCGACAAUGGAAGUUGUUUCGAUAAAAGUGUUAAACUAGCUAAAGACAACUUGUACCGGGGAAAACAAAAUAUUACACGCUAUUCUAUGCAGGCAUGUCUGAACUCUUGUUUGGGAGUAAGUCAAUUAGCCAUGUGUAAAUGCGCAGACGUCUCCUAUCCAACAGGCAAACCAUGCGACCUUUUCAAUCCAAGAGAAAGAAACUGUUUGCUUAAAGUGAAAUAUCUUUUUAGUAAAGAUCAAUUAUCGUGCAUCAAGAAAUGCAAGCGACCAUGCAGGGAAGACGUUUAUGAAAAGACAAUAAGUAUAUCACAGUGGCCAUCAACCGCACACAUGACAUUUUUGGAAAAAAGCGGGUCGCCCAUGGCUAAUAGAAGUAGUGUACUCCAGUUGAAUGUAUUCUACAGUCAGUUGAAUUAUCAUGUUAUUGAAGAAUCAUAUUCGUACGGGACUACAAAUCUUCUGGCUGAUAUCGGAGGGCAACUUGGUUUGUGGAUUGGCAUCUCAGCUCUGACUUGUGGCGAAGUAUUAGAAUUGAUAUUUCAGAUUCUUACAUUUUUUUACAUGAAGUUUAUAAAACGAAGGGAAACUCGGGUGAUUAAAAUCGGAGGCUACCCGGAAUGAAGAAUGAACACCGACAACGUUUCAGCAUAAGCAAGAACGGAAGAGAGAACUGAAUAUUUUACUUUAUGAUAGGAUAUAAGCCAAAUUAACGAUAGCAUAUUAAUAUCAUAGCCGUUCUUACAUUGAAAUGAGAAUUAUGAAUAGUUGUUUUUUAGCAUCAGUACAUCCACUACGAUAAAAUACCCUCAAUUAUUCUGCUAUAAAUAUACUACCAAAUAACUUCACAUCAAAUGUGUUAUAAAAAAUGUUUAAAAUAAACAAAAACAUUUCAAGCUUACGA